GAACCAGCACCAGCAACAGAAGAAGCAGCGACAGCAACAGAAGAAGCGGCAGCAGCAGCAGCAACAGAAGAAGCAGCAGCAGCAGCAGCAGCAACAGAAGAAGCAGCAGCAGCAGCAGGAGCAACAGAAGAAGCAGCAGGAGCAGCAACAGGAGCAGCAACAGGAGCAGCAACAGGAGCAGCAGUAACAGAAUGGGUGAUGGCAGUAUCACUCCCCGGCUCGGCAACAUGAAGGCGUUGCUUGGAAUAGUUGCCGGAGCUGGAGCUUCAUACGGGUUAUACAAGCUCCUCAGCGGUGGGGGCUUCAGGAGGAACAAGAAGAGUGCUGCCGGUGAAGGUCCCGGUGUCAGGAGCAACCAGCCCAGUGAAGGUCCCGGUGUCAGGAGCAGUCAGCCCGGUGAAGGGACCCUACAGCCGGGCAGCCUGCUGGCCAGAGUGUCUGGACUGGAUGUGGUCUGUCCCCGACCUGUGGAUGUUGCAUCAGGUGACAUCAUCCACCAGUCCCCUGGCAACCUGGAUCCACAGCACUUGAAGAUGCUGCUGUCAUGUCUGCAGAGCAGCAAUAAUCCACCUGACAGAUGUAGGAUCCUACUCACGUUAGGAAACUCUGCUGCCUUUACUGUGAAUCAGAAUCUAAUAAGGGAAUUUGAAGGGAUUCAUCUCAUCGCUGGUUUCCUCUCUGACCCGGCAGCAGAGGUCAGAGUGCAGACUCUGAAUGCUCUAAAUAAUCUGUGUAUGAACAUCCAGAACCAGGAACAAAUAAAGGUUUAUGUGCCACAAGUGCUGGAGCUGAUUGAGAUGUCCCCGGUGAACUCUGACCUUCAGCUCGGUGCUCUCAGGCUGCUGACGAACCUCUCGGUCACCGAUAAACAUCAACACCUGCUGAAGGAGUCAAUCACACUUUUACUCUCUCUACUCGUCGUGAGCUUUGAAGCGUUACAGGUUCAGGCUUUGAAAAUCCUCGUGAAUUUGUCAUCCAAUCCAGAUAUGAUGGAUGAUAUUGUUCAAGCUCAGGCACCAGCUUCUGUUGUGCUGUUGUUUGACGUACGAACAGCCCCCUCGGUGCUUUUGCGUCUGCUGACCUUUGCGGGGAACCUAAAGGCCUGGAGGCCGUCUGCACAGGUGGCUAAUGAACUGAGGCGGAAGCAGGAUUGCCUCUUCCGGGUCAUGUUAGACGAGUCUUCCGAGCUCCACAGCAGACUAGUCCAGCUGCUUUCACACCCUGAUGGGGAGAUUCAGUCCCAGGUGGCACGCAUCUUGACAUAGACCCCCCCCCCCCUGUGCACUCUUGAUCCGUGCACAGCUUUUGCUUCCACAGUUUGCCAAAGCCAUCAACACGUCACCCUUCCAGCUCAAUUAUAAAUCUGUUGACGUUAAUCUUAAAGGGACUGUUUGUAACUUCUUCCAGGUAUAAAUCAUUGCUGGUCGGUGUCUCAUGGUCUCGCGUGUGUCUCCGCUGUUCAGACUCAGACUCCAACACAAACUACAGUGAAGCACCA